UUUAUUUCCCAAAGUGAAGGCAGUGGAGUCUUUCAGCAAUCUUCUAAACAAAGUCUGUUUGAUUCAUGUAAGAUGUCACGAGGAGGGCCAUUUACAGAAGACAAAGUGGAAGAUGUGAAAGCUCUUGUCAAGAUUGUCCCUGUUUUCUUGGCUUUGAUACCUUACUGGACAGUGUAUUUUCAAGUGAGUGGUGACAAACAGCUAGGGAUUUUGGAAAGCAAAAGGCUGGACCUUGUUAAACAGAGAACCAUCAACCAGACCAUCGGGAACGUCGUGUAUUUCGCCGCCGACCUGCCCAUCUGGUGGCAGGUCCCUCAGUACGUGCUCAUCGGCAUCAGUGAGAUAUUUGCAAGCAUCGCAGGUCUGGAGUUUGCCUACUCGGCUGCGCCCAAGUCCAUGCAGAGCGCCAUCAUGGGCCUGUUCUUCUUCUUCUCUGGCGUCGGGUCCUUCGUGGGCUCGGGGCUGCUGGCGCUGGUGUCCCUCAGGGCCAUCGGGUGGAUGAGCAACCACACGGACUUCGGUAACAUUAAUGGCUGCCAUUUGAACUAUUACUUCUUCCUUCUGGCCGCCAUUCAAGGAGCCACCCUCCUGCUUUUCCUCAUUGUUUCUGUGAGAUACGACCGGCAGCGAUCCCGAGCGAGCAGGGUGCCCGCCAGCAGGAGGGCCUCGCGUCUCUGAGGUCCACGCGGGGUCCCACAGGUGACGGGGAGGCAGGGUCUUAGGCCGCCGUGCGUGUCUGCCUUCCCUAAAGCUUGCGUGACUCGUGCGCUGCUGUCUCCUUUCUUCCCCGGAUGAACUAGGUAAGUGCCUUACUGGCUUGUCUCCGGUGACGCGGGGCCUCCUGGAGAGGGCCACAGAGGUGCGUGGCUGCUGCCUAGAAGUGAAGGCCGCGGUGUCCAUCCGGCCGCUGGCUUCCCCCUCGGCGACACCCACACACGGAGCCCGCACGGUCCCGGGAGGCUGCACGCGCCUCGCCUGGCGUCUUAGCAUUUCCCGCGGUGCACUCGCUUCCUUCCCACGCACCGUGCGAGCUGUUUUCCUUUUUGAUUCAUAAGCAUCUCAUAUUGAAGGACGGGAGGACUGUUAAGAGAGAAGUGUGGUCAGACACUGCGGAGGCUUGUGUGCAGGACGUGGGCGUGUUUCUUUCUGAGCCACACAUCUUGCCAUCGCCACAUUCUUUGGUACCUGCUUUGAAGGAAACUAAUGUUUUAAACUGUGACAUUGCUUUUCUUCCUUCGUAAGAACCUGCGUUGAGAACUAUUUAAGAGCAUGUCUGCUAUCUAAGCUGCAAAGCUACUUAAAGACUGUUCCAGCUCGCCGAGUCAGUCCUGUCAAAUGUCACCGGGGUCCUCUUCGCGGGAGGGGCUACAAAGAAGGUUCUUCUGGGCAGAACUAAUGAAUGAAAAACAAUGGGAAGUGUUAAAUGUGAACUUGAACUGUUUGGCUAGUCACCAACUUUUGUAUUGUUAUUUUACACGUACGUGGGGUUCUGAUUUUGUUAAAUAAACUAUUCUUUAUUUGUUGCUGUA